AUGUCAACAUCAACUCAAAUAUUUCCAACACUUGCAACAAUUCAAACACUUUUAGUAACAUAUGCUUAUCCAACUAUGUUAGUUCUGGGUAUUUUAGGAAAUAGUAUUAAUAUAUAUAUAUUUCUAAGAAAAAAAUUAGUUGGAACAUCUUGUAAUAAUUAUUUUUUGGCUACGGCAAUUACUAAUUUAAUAAUAUUAAAUAUUGGUAUUAUUUCAUUUUUAUAUACAUACUAUCAAUCAUGGGCAAUAACAACAAUAUAUUGUCAAAUGCGAACUUAUUUUUUUCAUGCAAGUCAACAAAUGAGUCGUUAUUUUCUUGUCAUGGCUUGUUUUGAUCGUUUUGCUCUUUGUUCAACACAUGCUUGUCUUAGAAAAUUUUCUCAUAUACGUAUUGCACGUCUUUAUGUAAUUCCUGGUACAAUUAUAUUUUGGUUAAUAGUUCCAAUUCAUAUACCAAUAUUUUAUUAUUCAAUAAAUAAUACUUGUACAUUUUCAGGUGUUGCAGCAUUUUAUCAACGAGCUUAUAAUUUAGUAGUAACAGCUUUUUUACCACCAGGUUUAAUGCUUAUUUUUUCUAUAUUAACAUUUCGUAAUUUAAAAUUAAGAAAUCAACGUCGACAAAUCUAUCCUAUUACUCCAAGAAAUUUUACUAUAUUCAUGAGAAAAACUCGACAAGAACAAAUUAAAAAUCAACAAAUAUUUGUUAUGUUAUUAAUACAAGUUUUUAUAUAUUUAUGUUCAACAUCUCUUUAUUCAAUAUAUACACUUUAUACAUUUAUAACAGCAAAUGAUGGAACAAAUAAAUCAAAUGAACGUUUAUCAAUUGAAUCAUUUAUUUCAUUUACCAAUACAAUGCUUAUUUAUGUUUUUCCAUUUAUAUCCUUCUAUUUAUUUGUUUCAGUUUCUCAUACUUUUCGUAAAGAAAUGAAAUUAAUGAUUAUUCGAAUUGUAAAUCAAUGUCAUACAUUUUCUAUAAAUAAUGGUAAUCAUCAUGCAGAAAAUACGAUUAAUGUUAUGUAUCAAUAA